AUGGUCGCCAAAGAAUUCAGUUACAAAGAAAAGCCAGACACUCUCGUCCUUUUUGACGUUGAUGGUACUCUAACCCCCGCCAGACUUACAAUUUCCAAUGAAGUCAGAGACACAUUGGCCAAGCUAAGGCAAAAAGUGGUCAUCGGUUUUGUCGGUGGCUCCGAUUUCAGCAAGCAACUCGAACAAUUGGGUCCUAAUGUCUUGAACGACUUCGACUAUGCUUUCUCUGAGAACGGGUUGACUGCCUACAGAUUGGGCGAGAAAUUGGCGUCUCAAUCCUUCAUCAACUGGAUUGGAGAAGAGGAAUACAACAAGCUUGCGGUUUUCGUUUUGAAAUAUUUGUCGAGCAUUGAGUUGCCCAAGAGAAGAGGUACCUUUUUGGAGUUCAGAAACGGUAUGAUCAACAUCUCUCCUAUCGGCAGAAACGCCUCUACUGCUGAGCGUAACGAAUUCGAGCAAUACGACAAAGUGCAUCAAAUUAGAGCCAAGUUCGUGGAAGCUUUGAAAAAGGAGUUUGCUCACUUGAAAUUGACUUUCUCCAUCGGCGGUCAAAUCUCUUUCGAUGUCUUCCCUACUGGCUGGGACAAGACUUACUGUCUAAAACACGUUCAAGAAGAUGGGUUCAAGGAAAUCCACUUCUUCGGUGAUAAGACCUUUGAAGGCGGCAACGACUACGAAAUCUACUCCGACCCUAGAACCAUCGGUCACUCCGUCAAAACCCCCGAGGACACCGUGAAGAUUUUGCGCGAAUUGUUCCACUUGUAA